AUGAAUCAUUAUAAAAAAAAAUUAGUUCUUUAAAAUGACUUAAAUCAUUUAUUGCUUCCAUAGAUUUAUAACUUCAGAUCUCUAAGUAUUAAUAAAGAAUCAAUAUUAUAUACUGAGGAGAAAGAAAAGAAAUAAGAUUAAAGGCAAGCUGAAAUACUAAAAUUCUCAUUUGUAAAUUCAAAUUACAAUCACUCAGAUAGAUUUCAUCCAAAACCAUAACAUAUGAUGAACAUUGAAAGAAGAAAAAAGAUGUUAAAGUUAUAAUUAAAGCGAGUAUGCGAUUCUUUUAAGAAAGUAUCUCCUCUUAGCAAAGAUUACGAAACUUUAUAAGAUAUUCAUUUCAUCAAAUACAAAAAGAUUGUUUGA